AUGGGGAGGAAAGAAGAGUGCGAUGGGGAAGGGAAAAGAGGCAGACGAUUAGAGAAGUGUUCCAUGUGUGACGAAGGCAUAAGGUUCACCAUAAAUGGCCACUCAUACUUCAACUUGGUGUUGAUCACAAAUGUUGGGGGUGCAGGGGAUGUCCGUACAAUGUCUACCAAGGGUUCUAGAACAGGGUGGCUGCCCAUGUCAAGAAACAGGGGUGGAAACUGGCGGAGCAACUCCUACCUCAAACGCCAGAGGCUCUCCUUCAGAGUCACCACUAGUGACGGACGCAGGCAGAGUCACCAGCUACAAUGUAGUGCCCGCCGGCAGUUUGGACAGACCAUUGAAGGUGGCCAGUUUUAG